CUGCGAGCGAGCUAGCGAGCGACAAGCACCAGGCCUCACGUGCUCUCCCACCCUCUGCUUCCAUAACUUGUCCUCUGUUCCUCCAUUCGCCACUUCGCUUCUGAUACGAGGGAAGAGAGAGAUACAGAGAGAGAGAGAGAGAGAGAGAGAGGACAGAAAAGGUAGGGUGACCAAGAACCAAGGGUUGGAAGAAAGACGGCGGGAAAUAAAUCCAGUCUUUUGGCUUCUCCAUCUCUUACCAGGGGUUCCUGAUCUUCGCCGUCUGAAACAUGAGAACAGUGCCCGGUAGAAUUCACGAGUCUUCAUCUUGGCCGAAGACGGUGGUGAGGAAAUGGUUCAACCUAAAGAGCGGGGAGUUCCAUUCCGACUGCAAUAGGGAGAGAUUGGGAGGAGGGACACAGGAAAGAAGAAGGAAGAGCUGUUCGGACCUUCGUCUGAGAAGGGAUCUGUCAGGUAGAUGGUUAGUGGAGAGCUCCGAGAACCUCAAACCACCCGGAUUUGGAACCGUUAACCCAGCAAGUUCUUUCUCUCCCGAUAGAAACCUCAGGAUGUUCGUGGGGACGUGGAACGUGGGAGGGAGAGCGCCCCACGGGGGUCUAAACUUGAGAGGUUGGCUCAUGAGCACGCCUUCCCCCGCCGACAUCUAUGUCCUCGGGUUCCAGGAGAUCGUCCCGUUGAACGCCGGCAACGUCUUGGGCGCCGAGGACGAGGGCCCUGCCUACAAGUGGCUCUCCCUCAUUCGCCAAACCAUCAACCCUCCGAAGAAGGGCGCCCGCAACCACAGGACCUCCACGGACUCCGAACCGGCUCAGAAGCGGCGGAUCAGCUUCUCGGAUCUACUGUCCAUGGACGCGGCGGAGGAGGAGCAAGUUGGCUACGACGAGGGCCGCGAGCUGGGCAAUUACUCAAGCUCCAGUAGCGACGAGGAACCGCUCGAUUCUUCUCCGGGCGAGUACCGCCUCGCGGCGAGCAAGCAGAUGGUGGGGAUUUUCCUGUGCGUGUGGGUUCGGGCCGGGCUCAUGCCGCACGUGUCCAGCCUCAAAGUCUCCUGCGUGGGGAGGGGCAUUAUGGGAUACCUGGGAAAUAAGGGAUCGAUUUCGAUCAGUAUGACUCUUGAGAGGACCACGUUCUGUUUUGUGUGCACUCAUCUGGCAUCGGGAGAGAAGGACGGUGAUGAGGUGCGAAGGAACUCGGAUGUAAUGGAGAUUCUCAAGAGGACUAGAUUCCCGCAAUCUAAUAGAUUCUCAGGUGCAGCGUCACCCGAAACCAUCUUAGAGCACGACAAGAUCAUAUGGCUUGGAGAUCUUAAUUAUCGCCUAACAACGAGCUGCAGCGAGACCCAUCAACUUUUGCAGAGGAACGACUGGGAAGCGCUGCUGGAGAAAGAUCAACUUAGAAUUGAACAGAGAGCCGGUCGUGUAUUUGCUGGAUGGGAGGAAGGGAGAAUAAUUUUCCCUCCCACUUACAAAUAUUUAGCUAAUUCUGACGUUUAUGCCGUCAACCUCGCUAAAUCUAGAGAAAAGAAACGCACUCCGGCUUGGUGCGACCGGAUACUCUGGCGGGGAAAAGGGAUGAAGCAGAUGUGGUACCUGAGAGGGGAAUCCCGCUUCUCGGACCACAGGCCCGUCUACUCCCUCUUCUCCGUACAACUGAACUACCACGUGGAAGCAGCUGCACGGGAGCACCGAGAAAGCGAGAGGAAGGAUCACAGCAGGAGCAACAACCAAACCAAAGGCCCCACGAACUCCACCCCAGCAGCUUCAGCAAAUAAUCCCAACACUAACGGCAGCAAUACGUCGUCGUCGUCAUGGAUGAAGGUCGAGGCGGAGGAGCUGCUCCUCGUAAGCAGGACACAAAGCUGUUUGGAAGCCUCCAGAUUCUGACCAGCGACCACGAACCACCAACUCCACAUUCAUCACAUUCUUUUUUUUGUUACUUUAGAUAUAUGAAAGAAAGAAAGAAAGGAAGGAAGAAGAGGCAGCAAAAGUAGCAGAGGAUUAGAAAGAAGACGACGAAAAGACAAAAUCGCAAAAAGCAAAGACUGCUCCCAGAAAGCAAGGUUCAAUGUUAGCCGCUGUGGAAUUGCCCUUUUUUUCUCACAGCCUUUGGCUUCUUCCUCGUGAUGUUAUUAAAUUUGUUUGGUCAUUUAGCGGGAGGAUUCGAUGUUAAACACGUUUUUGGGGGUCUAAUUAUUGCAGCUACCAACCGAGGUGGAAGGGCCGUGAAGAUUGUAAAGCGAGGAGGAAGACAAUGAGAGGGCUUACAAAAUGGCCUAAUGUAACACGUUAGGUGACAGCCUUUUCUGUUUUUUUCCCCCUAAUUUUUGGUAUUUUAGGUAAAGGGAGCUGAAUGAAGAGGAGCAGCGCGUGUUCUGUUUGCA